UUACAGGACAAAACAUUUUUAGUCAUAAUGAAAAGAGCUUAGACGUAUAUUAUUUUACAAGCCCGAGUAUCGAGUAUAAACUCAAAGGGAAUAAUAAAACGACGAAGAUCGACGAUAUUCGCGAGUUACUCCUGAAUUCCGAUAGAAGAGCCGCGUAUUUUCUUGCAAGGAAUAGGGAAACGUGCGCGCGAUAUUGCGAUACGAAAGACACGUGAAGUGAAGUGAGUAUAAGGUACGGAGGUUCACACAAUUCCAAUGGACAAUAUCGUGAGCAUGGACUUCCAAAACGUGAAUUCUCUAAAUAUCCGGCUGAACUUGUUCUCGGGCAAUCUGCUACCGAUGCGCAGUAGCAACUCCUCUUUUCCACUCUUCUGGAAGAUACUCAGUGCCUUCGGGUGGCUAUCGCAAUUCAUUUUAGCAAUCGCGAUGGUACCUGGAUCCAUCUACGUGCCAAUAGAAAAGCUUCUAAAAGAUGGCAUGGUCGCUUUCAUAGUCUUUACAGAACUAGCCUUCAUGCUCCUGCGAAUUCGUUCUCGCAAGAAUCUGGUCUGUCAAUUAAUUCAAAGACUGAAUGAGAUUCUGCAUUCUGCCGACGAAACUAUGCGGAAUGUUGUGACAGCGACAUUGGAGCCGGUAAAGACUCCACUCAACUUCUACUGGUCCGCCGGCGUGAUAUCGAUAAUAGUAUGGAGCUGUAUUCCAUUAGUCUUGAUAUUCGAGAAGAAUCUGUUCCGUUACGAGGAUUACAGAAUGCCUGUUGCUUUCUCCAAGCAGCCAUUCUCACUUCGAAUCUUUCUACUAGGAAGCCUGUUCAUACUGAUCACCGCGAUAUAUCUGUUUUUAAAGAAAGUCAGCGUGGAUGUAUACAUGGUGCAUCUGGUCUUGAUGUUAACCGCACAAUAUAGAUACAUAGCGUUGAAAAUCGCGAGGCUAUUUCAAGACAAAAGUGAAGGUAAUCAAUUCCAAUCGCAACAUUCUUCUGGACUAAGUCGAGGAACAGAAAAAGAAAUAAGAGCACUGUGCCGACAUCACAAUAAUGUACUACAGAUAACUUUAUUGUUAAAAGAAUUACUGUCUUUAAACUUUAGUUUAAUACACGUGAACAGCGUCUUUAGAUUCUGUUUUAUCGGUAUUAUGUUGAGUACAAUAACGUCAACAACGUUGUGGGAAGCGAUUUCAAUUAUCAUGUAUUCGACAGGUGCGAUAGUGCAACUAUAUAUUUUGUGCUCUUGUGUGCAGCAAUUGUUAGAAGCGAGUACGGAAAUAACGGACAAGGCGUUUCACGAAAACUGGUAUCUGCUUCAUCCAUCAAUAAAACGUAUAUUUAGCCUGCUCAUUAUGGCUAACCAUUUAGAAUGCAAAAUUGCGACAUUUGAAAAGUUUAAUCUCUCCUUGCCUUCAUUCAUGACGGUAAAAAUUUUGCACAUUUCUCAGUUUUUUAUGCACAGUAAUAUUAUUAUAUUUAAAAUCUCACAUUUUCCAAAUGUACUUCCAGAUUUUAAAUCAAUCGUACACAAUCGCCCUUUUAUUUUUAAAAAUGAAAUAAAAAAAUACUGAAGAAGACGUCUUGCCUACAGCAGUUACAACUGUUACUUCCAACCUAAUAAUGAAAAUACAUAAUUUUCUGACGGCAACUUAUUUGAUAAAAUUGGAUAAAGUUACUUUCUACCAAUGAA